AUGGAGCAGUUUAUCGAUGACUUGCCGCCGAUGGAUCUGAUGCGAUCUGAGAAGAUGACCUUCGUUCAGCUCAUCAUCCCCGUCGAGUCCGCACACCGUGCCAUCUCCUAUUUAGGAGAACUCGGCCUUCUGCAAUUCCGCGACUUAAAUGCUGAUAAAAGCCCCUUCCAGAGAACAUUUGUUAAUCAGGUAAAGCGAUGUGCGGAAAUGUCGAGAAAACUACGAUUCUUCAAGGAUCAAAUUAGUAAAGCUGGCCUAUUAUCUUCUUCUCGUACUGUAUUGCAACCAGAUAUUGACUUGGAGGAUUUGGAGGUACAACUUGCUGAACAUGAACAUGAGCUGAUUGAAAUGAACUCUAAUAGUGACAAACUCCGGCAAUCAUAUAAUGAACUCUUGGAAUUCAAGAUUGUAUUACAAAAGGCAUGUGGCUUUCUUGUUUCAAGUCAUAACCUUGCACUUUCCGAUGAAAGAGAACUACAAGAGAAUGUGUUUUCAAAUGAUGCCUAUGUUGAGACAGCAUCCUUACUUGAACAGGAAAUGAGACCUCAGUCAUCAAAUUCGUCUGGUUUAAGAUUUAUCAGUGGGAUAAUCUGUAAAUCCAAGGUUCUUAGGUUUGAAAGAAUGUUGUUUCGUGCAACGAGAGGCAAUAUGCUAUUCAAUCAGGCACCUGCUGAUGAACAAAUCAUGGAUCCUGUUUCAACUGAGAUGAUUGAAAAAACAGUGUUCGUUGUGUUCUUCUCUGGGGAACAGGCGAGAACAAAGAUUCUGAAAAUUUGUGAGGCAUUUGGUGCAAAUUGUUAUCCUGUUCCUGAAGAUAUUAGCAAGCAGAGGGAAAUAACUAGAGAGGUUUCAUCACGUCUUACAGACUUAGAGGCAACUUUGGAAGCCGGGGUUAGGCACAGGAACAAGGCUCUAACUUCUGUUGCAGACCAUCUAGCGAAAUGGAUGAACAUGGUAAGAAGAGAGAAGGCUGUGUAUGAUACACUGAACAUGUUAAACUUUGAUGUUACGAAAAAAUGUCUUGUUGGAGAGGGCUGGUGCCCCCUGUUUGCCAAAACACAGAUGCAGGAGGCACUGCAACGUGCAACUUUUGAUAGCAAUUCUCAAGUUGGCAUAAUCUUCCAUCCACUGGAGGCAGUGGAAUCACCACCUACAUACUUUCGGACCAACACUUUCACAAAUCCAUAUCAAGAAAUUGUUGAUGCAUACGGCGUUGCAAGAUACCAAGAAGCAAAUCCUGCAGUUUACACAACUAUUAUAUUCCCUUUCCUAUUUGCUUUGAUGUUUGGGGACUGGGGUCAUGGAAUUUGCCUGUUGCUAGGAGCAUUGGUUCUUAUAGCACGUGAAAACAAGCUCAGCACACAGGAGAUGGGAAACUAUAAGGAGAAGAUGGGAAUUGAGGUGGAGCUGUUAGCGAGGAGGCCUAACGGAGUGGACAGGGAUGCACAUACUAUUGGCUUAGUCAAAUACCAAGAUCCAUAUGCAUUUGGAGUGGAUCCCAGCUGGCGUGGAAGUCGUUCAGAAUUGCCUUUCCUGAAUUCCCUGAAGAUGAAGAUGUCCAUUCUGUUCGGUGUUGCACAUAUGAACUUAGGAAUUAUAUUAAGUUAUUUCAAUGCUCGGUUCUUUGGAAGCUCAUUGGAUAUAAGGUACCAGUUUGUGCCACAGAUGAUUUUCCUUAACUGUCUAUUUGGGUAUCUUUCCCUUCUCAUUGUUAUUAAGUGGUGUACUGGCUCUCAAGCAGACCUUUAUCAUGUAAUGAUAUACAUGUUUUUAAGCCCCACGGACAAUCUUGGUGAGAAUCAGUUGUUUUGGGGCCAAAGACCACUUCAAAUUGUGUUAUUGCUUUUGGCUGUAAUUGCAGUUCCAUGGAUGCUCUUUCCGAAACCUUUUAUACUGAAGAAGCUUCAUACUGAGAGAUUUCAAGGUCGUAAUUAUGGCUUACUGAACACUUCUGAGGUGGAUCCUGAGGCUGAGCCUGAUUCUGCCAGACAACAUCAUCAUGAAGAAUUCAAUUUCAGUGAAGUUUUUGUUCACCAAAUGAUCCAUGCCAUUGAAUUUGUUCUAGGUUCUGUUUCCAAUACAGCAUCAUAUCUUCGGCUUUGGGCAUUAAGUUUGGCUCACUCAGAACUUUCUACUGUUUUCUAUGAGAAAGUCCUGCUUCUUGCUUGGGGAGUGCACUUAAAGCCUGACAUGAUUUUAGAUUCUAGUCUGGUGUUGGGGAAUGUGGUUGAUAAUAGUCUUAGUGCAUUUCUUCAUGCCCUGCGGCUUCACUGGGUAGAAUUUCAAAAUAAAUUCUACCAUGGCGAUGGCUACAAGUUCAGGCCUUUUUCAUUUGCCUCCUUAACAGAGGAUGACGAUUGA